CAGCAGGCUGCUCUACUCAGCGAGAGAGAGACAGUCAGCAUCCAUCCAGCCAGCCAACCAACCAUCCUAACCACCAAAUAGUGAUUGUUUCUGCCAUUGGAUUGUGCAACCUCUAAAAGGGUCCCCCAUGCAGCUCACCAAGGAAGCGGCACGGCAGAACAGUUCCUACAAGUGUGUGAUUGAUGAUGACGCAACAAGAUCUCACCAACUCACUGCAAAAACAGACAUCACGCUGGCGUCUAUUGACCUGUUUGAGUUGGCCCGGGGGGGCGACGUGCCCCAGCUGGAGGCGUUGGUGAGGAGGAACCCAGCGGUACUGAGGGAACAGGAUGACUCUGGUGGCUCCCUGCUCCACCACGCUGCUGGUGCAGGAAACAUCCCUGUUGUCAGGUUCAUCUGCAGCAACACACACAGAGAUGAGGGGAGCCUGUACGAUGACGAGGGGUCUAUGCCGCUGCACUGGGCUGUGGAGAGGAACCAGUCAGAGAGCUGCAGGGCUCUGUUAGAGCUGGGGGCCGAACCCAACGUCCUCAACAAGGCCCUGAUGUCUCCGCUACACCUGGCGGUCAGCCACCAUCACAACCACCUGGUUGAGCUCCUGUUGUCCCACUAUAAGACAGAGUCUAACAUAGAAGGAGAUCUGGGCAACACUCCCGUCACGUUAGCCUGCUCUAUCAAUAACACUGAGGCUCUCUCCAUACUGCUGAAGCACGGGGCGAGGCUCUGUAGUCAGAACAAGCUAGGCCACUUUGCCAUCCACGCAGCUGCCUUCGCAGGUGCAAAGAAAGCCAUGGAGGUCAUCCUCAAAGCUGGAGAGGAGAUGGGUCAUUCCAUAGAGGAACACAUUAACGUCCUUGAUAAGUCGAGCAGCAGUCCUCUCCACAUGGCGGUCAGGGGAGGAAACAUGGACGUCAUUAAGUUCUGCAUCCAGAACGGAGCUAAGAUUGACCAGCAACAGGUGGACCGGUCCACAGCGCUGCACUUUGCCUGUUCCCAGGGAGCUACAGAAGCUGUUAAACUGAUGCUGUCCUCUUACAGCAGACUGGACCGCAUCAUUAACCUGCCCGAUGGAGCCAGCCAGACACCUUUACACAGGGCAACCAUAUUUGAUCACACAGAGUUGGCGGAGUACCUCAUUUCAAAGGGUGCAGACAUCGACUACAUAGACUGUAAGGGUCUUUCUCCCCUGUUGCUGGCUACUAGCUGUGGCGCAUGGAGAACUGUGGCUCUUCUGUUGUCAAAAGGUGCCAACGUGAACAUAAAGGACAGGAAAGGAUGUACCUUCCUCCACCUGACCAUCCUGCAGCCCAAAGGCCUGAAGAACCUCACAGGAGACAUCUUACAGCACAGCAGUGUGAAGGAUCUGCUGAGUACUGAGGACAACGAGGGCUGCACUCCGCUCCACUACGCCUGCAGACUGGGCAUCCACCACUCUGUCAACAACAUCCUGGUUCUACAGGUCUCUCUGGAGCACAAGUCCAAGGACAAGAAGUCAGCGCUGCACUUCGCUGCCCAGUAUGGUCGUAUUAACACAUGCCAGCGUCUGCUGGAGACCAUCACGGACUCCCGCCUGCUGAACGAGGGGGACGAGAGAGGGUUGACCCCGCUACACCUGGCCUCUGGAGGGGGACACACCAAGGUGGUGGAACUGCUGCUUCGUAAAGGAGCUCUCUUUCACUGUGAUUACAAAGGAUGGACCUGUCUACACCAUGCGGCGGCGGAGGGGUACACUCGGACCGUGAAGAUCGUCCUGGCCGCCAACAUCAAACUACUGGACAUGCUGGAUGAGGAUGGGAGCUCUGCCCUGCACGUGGCAGCCAGGGAGGGCCAUGUAGCUGCAGUAAGACUGCUGCUGCGGAGAGGGGCGGAGAUCAGCCUCAACAAGAACCACGCCUCCUUCUUCCACGAAGCACUGCAACAUGGGAGGAAGGAUGUGGUCAACGCCAUCAUCGACAGUGACAGAUGUAGUGACACCCUGAGGACGUUCAGAUGUGAUGCUGGCCAACGUUGUCCAGUGUUGGACCUGGUCGACUUGCUGCCAGAGUCUUUCAAGCACCUACUGGACCGCUGCAUCAGAGAGUCGGACGAUGACAGCAACAGUCCUGACUAUCAUAUUGAGUACAAUUUCCAGUGGCUUCAGGCACCGAUAGCACUGAAGAAGCACUCAAAUAUUGACAAAAGUGUGAAGAUCCAGCCACUCGCCGCUCUGAAUGCGAUGGUAAACUACAACAGCAUGUCGCUCCUCACACACCCCGUCUGCAAGAAAUACCUGGAGAUGAAGUGGGUGGCCUACGGGAGCGCUGCUCACCUUCUGAACCUGUUAUUGUACCUGCUUGGCCUGCUUCCUCUCACCCACCUCAUAGUGAGCCUGAGACCCAGCCUGGACUACACCGGCCCUGACAACACCACAGCUGUCACCAUGGUGCCCAUUUCCUUCAGAGAGCAAGAUUCCUUCCUGUCCAGUUGCAUGGUGAUGGUGCUAGUGAUGAACAUCUACUCCAUGGGGAAGGAAGUGAUGCAGAUGUACCAUCAGCGUUUGAGUUACUUGAAGGACAUCUCCAACAUUCAGGACUGGUACUCAAUCAUCUUCUCUCUUGUCUUCGUAAUCGCCCUGUUCCUCAACGCUGAGGGGUCCUGGUACUGGCAGGCUGGGGCGCUGGCCAUUAUCAUGUCAUGGGUUAACUUCCUCCUCUAUCUCCAAAGGUUUGAGCACUUUGGGAUCUAUGUGGUGAUGUUUCAGGAGAUUGCGAGGACGUUGUUUAAAAUCCUGUUGCUGUUCUGCUUUCUGAUGCUGGCUUUCGCCUUGGGCUUUUACGCUCUCAUGCUCAACCAGAAAGAGUUUGAGCGACUGGACCUGUCGGUGAUCCAGAUCUUUGUGAUGAUGGUCGGAGAACUGAAUUACCAAAGCAACUUUCUGGACAUAUACCUAGACAACAAAUUUCCAUUUCCCUUCCUCACCUUCUAUUUGUUGGUGAUGUUUAUCAUCUUCAUGCCCAUCCUGCUGAUGAACAUGAUGAUUGGUUUGGCGGUCGGAGACAUCGCUGAGGUACAGAGAAGUGCCGCUCUGAAGAGAAUAGCCAUGCAGAUUGAGCUCCACACCAACCUGGAGGAGAAGAUGCCGUACUGGUUGUUGAAGAGAGUGGACCAGUCAUCCAUCACCAUCUACCCCAACCGCAAGUGCUCCAGGUUCUGGAGUCGAGGAGAGGCCAACGAAGUGCGAACUCGUCUAUUGACCAACUCAUCCAAUUCAACCCCUGUCGAAGCUGAACUACGCAAACAGAAGUACAGACUAAAGGAGAUAUCCAGUGUGCUGGAGAAGCAACACGACCUGAUAAAGCUGAUGAUCCAGAAGAUGGAGAUCACCUCGGAGGCAGACGAACAUGAUGGGCCCACAGAGGUCAAAGGUGACAGGCAGAGGUCAAACUGGGGUCAGGCCAAGGGCUCUAAGUGGAUCCCGCUGAUGAAGGCCAUCAAGGGCAAUAACGUGUUGAGUACUUCACCUUAACUGGUGACCAUCAACUAUAUGACAACUAAGAUGUUACCGUUAGUGAACUUAAACCAUAUUAAUAUAGCCGAUUUAAAAUACAGUAGAUUAUCAUCUGUAUAUAUACAAUAAUGUCACUGAUUUCAAACUUCUUGUAGGAUACUUGUUGUAUCUCUUCUCUCUUUCUCUCUCUCUCUCUCUCUCUCUCUCGGCAAAUGCUAUACUUGUCUCUGUGACGUCAUACCUACUGUAUGCUUGUAUGCAUGUAAUAAUGAUUGCAUAAGAUUGAAAUAAUUUGAAAUAGUGUGUAUCUUUUAUAUUUUAACCCGUUUGAAACAUACUGUAACUGAAUGGUAAUAUUUUGCAUGGAACUAAUAAAAAGUGCCAAAUCAUGCUCAUA